AUGCUUCUAGCAAGCCGAGAUGAACACGAACUAGUCUUGAAGACAUACGGGGUUUCCAUUAGAGCAUCAAGACCCAGAAGUGGUGUAUUUGUGCUUCUCCGUGAGUUUUCCGAGACCGAGUCACAAGCGAGCAGAUUUACCGCCGUGUUGACUGCCCUCCGACUUGUGACGCAAAACCUCCGACGACAAAGCACAACAACCCUCCGCGACAUCUAUUAUAGAGAUGUGUCUGCGUUCCAAGGGAGCCAGUAUCGGCUGAACGAGUCUUUGAGAUUGAUAGCUUCUUCUUUGGGGUAUUCUCUUGAGCGGGACUUGAAAGUGUUUCCGUCGCCCAAGGGUCUUGUGUACGGUGGCCCGCACAUCCGACUUGAGCUGCAAGGAGGUGCCGACAUUAACUUGAACUACGAUGGAGAGAGUGUGUUGAUUCCUACCUCGAUACCUGAAAGCAUGCACUGCACAGAUAACAUUGGGGCGAUAGUUGUUUUGGAAAAGGAGGCUGUUUUCAAGUCGUUUAGCGGAUAUUUGCGCCAUGUACCGACUCCGCAGAAGAUAAUUAUGCUCACGGGCAAGGGGAACCCCGAUCGGGCCAGUGUGCGCUUUCUUAGUGCGUUGGAGAACACCUUUCCCCACGCGCCUAUCCUAGUGUUUGUCGAUUCAGAUGUUUACGGACUACGUAUUUGGUGGACGUACAUGCGAGGUGCCGGUGGCCCGGAUUCGAAAGUGGUUUUCGCCGGCACAUAUCUCCUCGAGCAUCUGCGCGGCCACUUGACCAUCGCGGCCAAAGAGUGGAAGCUCAUGAUGAAUUUUCUCAAGGAAGUCUCCGGGUUCCAAGCCGAGCUAGGCGCUGAAGCUGAGAGUUUGAGGCUUCUCAAAAGAGAGCUCACCCGGGGAAUGCUCCUAGGCAAGAAGGCGGAGCUCAAUGUGAUGAGCGAUUCCUCGCGGGACGAGGACCUCAACACAUACAUGUGGAAAAAGGUCGCACACGAAGUAUGCAACAAAACGUGA